CACUGCAGCCUGAAUCUGUCGCUCCGAGGACCUCUUAAAGCAGCUCCGGAUCCUCCCGUCAGAAUGAAGAGUUUCCUCCUGGUGGCCCUGCUGGGCGCUGCUGCCGCUCUGCCAAUCCCCCUUGGACAAUCUGGAGGAAGUUCCAGCGAACAGAGAUUCUUCUACCCACCACAAAUCCUGCCAUUCUUUCCUCAGUUUCCCUUCCCGCAGGCUCCUCUGAUCCCGAUUCCUUUUCCCUUCCCUUUUGAUCCAAACCAGGUUCUGACACCGAAUCAACUUUUAGCGUUAAUCACUUCCAUUCUGAACCAACUGCAGGGCUUCCUUGGGAAGUAAUUCUCACUGUGCUGUCAGAGGACUCGAGGUUCGAAUGGCAUCUCUCUGUCGUGUACACCCUGGAGAAGGUUCUGUGAACUAUCAGACAUCACAGGAAAACCUGUUCUCUAUGACCGUCUGCACUAAAUAAAGCUCUCACUAAAACAGAAAGGCUUCCUGCUGACUAAUCCCCGUGUCUAUUCUUUGUCAUACAGUACAUACAAUCCAGUGAAAUCUCUACAAGUUUCUA